AUGGACCAUGUCAACCACACGUGGACCCAGAGCUUCAUCCUGGCUGGUUUCACACUCCCUGGGACCCUGAGGCCACUGGCAUUCUUGGGAACCCUGUGCAUCUACCUCCUCACCCUGGCGGGCAACUUGUUCAUCAUCAUCCUGGUGCAGGCAGACUCGGGGCUGGCCACACCCAUGUACUUCUUCAUCAGCGUGCUCUCCUUCCUGGAGCUCUGGUAUGUGAGCACCACGGUGCCCCUGCUGCUGCACUCCUUGCUCCAUGGGCGUUUCCCCAUCCCGCCAGUGGCAUGUUUCCUCCAGCUCUAUGUCUUCCACUCCUUGGGCAUGACCGAGUGCUACCUGUUGGGUGUCAUGGCGCUGGACCGCUACCUUGCCAUCUGUCGCCCACUGCACUACCACGCUCUCAUGAGCAGGCAGGUUCAGCUGUGGCUGGCGGGGGCAUCGUGGGCAGCUGGCUUCUCAGCUGCAGUGGUGCCAGCCAGUCUCACGGCUACUCUGCCCUUCUGUCUGAGAGAAGUGACCCAUUACUUCUGUGACCUGGCACCACUGAUGCGGUUGGCAUGUGUGGACACAGGCUGGCAUGAUCAGGUUGAUGGGGCAGUGAUUGGUGUGGCCACAGGCUGCAACUUUGUGUUCAUCCUGGGUCUCUAUGGGGGAAUACUGAGAGCUGUGCUGAAGCUGCCCUCAGCUGCCAGUCGUGCCAAGGCCUUCUCCACCUGCUCCUCCCACAUGACUGUGGUGGCGCUGUUUUAUGCUUCUGCUUUCACAGUUUAUGUCAGCUCACCAGGGAGUCACCCUGAGGGUGCAGACAAGUGCAUCGCCUUGGUGUAUGCUCUUCUCACCCCGUUCCUCAAUCCCAUCAUCUACACCCUUCGCAACAAGGAGGUGAAGGAGGCUGUCAAGAGGGUUGCUGAGAGGAUCAGGGCUAUUUUAAAGGGGCCCUGA